AUGUCGGCCGUGUGCUCUGCGCUGAAAACAUACGAGCUUAAAGUCUUGAUCGAAUCCGAUGAUAGGAUUUUUGCGCUAGCCCCCCUUAUCGUUUGGACGUCCGCUGAAUAUUGGAUUAUUACUAUCGUAGGAUACGUCCCACCCAUCCGACCACAUUCGGCUUUAUAUCGAAGAAAAUAUCCACUCCGUACCGGUCUCCGGGCCCUAGCAACUAUGCGGCAUGCGGCAGCAACUGAUCUCACCAACUGGGCACCCUCGAGCUACCAGUCCAAUACUUACGGGAUGCAGAAGGCUUGGCGCUGCAGCGACGAGAUCUGGAUGGAGCUGGCGAUGCGGGGCCUCAAAAUGACUCGGGGAAGAAUAUCGUGGGUGGAGGGAAAGAUGUGGUUGUGA